AUUAUUAUUUCUCCUUACUAGAAGGAAGUAAACGACAACAGCUACGAAAAGACUAACCGGAGCUGAGAGCGACGCUGGAGUGCUUAGUUGGAAAGGUGUGGCUUUUCCAAUAUGUGUUGUACGUGGUUUUAAAUUAAUUGUUUGAAAGGUUAGAGUGAGUAAUUUAUUACACACAGUAACCACAGAGACGGUAUGCUUCAGGGAAAAAACGAAACGAAACUCGGGAUGAUGCCGUAGAAAUGGUUUCUGUUUGUGCUGUUGUACAGUAGCGCCAGGUUCCUGAGUGAGGAGAAAUUAGAAACUAUCGCAGGAAAUCGGGUUGAACUGACAGCUCAAAAUCCCAGAGACAGAAACAGCAAAACCGAGACACCAUGGCGGACGACGCUGGAAAAGAAACCGUGGCGUCCGGUCACGGUAACGGAGCUCAGGUGUUACCGAGUUUAGGUCACUUUUUACCGGCCUCCCCUCCUCCCGCGGUGGCUGCAGAGACCGGCCUGGCCGCAGCGUCCCCCGGCGUAGCGCACCUCAUCACCUCGGACAUGGAGAGCCAGGAGAGCGGCGUCGUGAACUCGACCGGCUCGGUGAUAGCAGCUGUGCCGCCAUCUCUGCCGCCGAGCAUCGGCCUGGGGCUAACCGGAGCCCCGGCGAAUCUGGCUGGAGCGGGUCUUCUGUCUCAGAUUCACGCCACGUCCUGGGACCCUACACUGAGCACCGACUGGGACAACGAGAAAGCGUCGCAGCAGUGCAUCCUGCGGAUAAAGAGAGACAUUAUGUCCAUCUAUAAGGAACCUCCUCCUGGUAUGUUUGUGGUUCCUGAUCCUCAUGAUAUGACCAAGAUCCAUGCACUAAUCACAGGUCCCUUUGACACACCAUAUGAGGGCGGCUUCUUCCUCUUCCUGUUCCGUUGCCCUCCUGACUACCCCAUUCACCCACCACGUGUCAAACUUAUCACCACUGGACACAACACGGUGCGUUUCAACCCCAACUUCUACCGCAACGGCAAAGUUUGCCUUAGCAUUCUCGGGACAUGGACUGGGCCAGCAUGGAGCCCUGCUCAGAGCAUCUCCUCAGUCCUCAUCUCUAUCCAGUCCCUGAUGACAGAGAACCCUUACCACAACGAGCCAGGCUUCGAGCAGGAGAGGCACCCAGGAGAUAGCAAGAACUACAACGAGUGCAUCCGCCAUGAGACAAUGCGUGUGGCCGUCUGUGAUAUGUUGGAAGGGAAGGUGCCAUGUCCAGAGGCCUUGUGGAGUGUUAUGGAAAAGUCUUUCUUGGAGUACUAUGACUUCUAUGAAGGUGUUUGCAAAGAACGUCUUCACCUACAAGGGCAAAAUAUGCAGGAUCCUUUUGGAGAGAAGAGAGGCCGUUUUGACUACCAGGGUCUCUUGGCGCGUCUCAGUGCCACACAGAGGCGAUUGCGGGAAAAAUGCCCUCCUGAGGACAAUGAUGGAGACUCAGAUUCUGACACCAGCUCAUCUGGAACAGACCCAGACAGCCAGGGCAGCUCGCAGCCGUAGAGUGCCCCCUACGGGCAUAGCGAGAGUAUGGGAAAGCGAUUGUCUUUCCUGCACCUCUGGACGCUUUUUAACAAGCAAAACGCACAGAGCACUGAGAGACAUUUGGAGUCUGCUGAUAUACACAGGAUUAGUCUAGUUCCUGUUUCUUUUGAUUGGCUUGUUUUUCCUCUCCUUCUCUGCUAGCCAGUGGUUGCCUCUUUUCUUCGCUGAGAGAGAAAUGUCAAGUCAAUUGUGGGAAUGGGACUAGAAGAUUAAUGCAAGUGUGUGUGUGAUGCUAUAUGUGUCAGCAGUUCAGCACACACUCCGCUUAUCGGAGCACAUAUUUACGUGCCCCUCUUAUUCUUCACUUCACCUGGUGGUCAUGCACACGCUGCAGGUAGAAUAAGAGCUACUGCCACCUCAAUCCUGAACAGGCCACCAUAUAUUUUAGUGCUCUGGUACCACUCCAGCAAUCAGUUUCCUGGUCUUAUUUCUGUUUACUUAAUGUCUUCACAAUAAUCUCAGCAUUUAUUAAUUGAAUCAUUAAAAAAUAUUUUGAAUAUUAUGAAUGGAGUCAUAAUUUUGACAUGAAUUCAUAAUGAAUUGCUUUACCUGAUCUAAGAAAAAAAAGCUGAUGCAACUAUAAAACAAAUGUAAAUACUUAAAUAUUGUGCAUAGAAAAUCUUUAUUUUACUGUUAAUUGUGUUAUUAAAUGCUAUUGGAGAGACUUGGUGUGUUGGUAUAUUUUGGUCAGUAAACUGAUCAGCUGUUGAUUUGGGCUAUGUGUCGUCGUUGGGGAGAGUUGUCCUAUUUGUAUUUUGUUUGUACAGUCAAAGGACUUUAUUCAUGUUGUUUAGCCUGAUUAAAUAUGUUGGUUGAAUAAGAACACAAGGGCUCUCCUUUUUUGUAUAAAAUGUGUUUGAACUCGCAUGUUUUUGAGACAUCUAGUCCAUAUUCUGUUAUUACUGAUCUAAAUGUAUACUUUAUUGUAAAAUCUGAGACUGUCCUUGUUCAGUCAUCUGUGGUCUUUUGUCUUGCACUGUACAAUAUAAUCUACUACAAAUCUCUGAAGUAGAGAAAUUCCUCUAAA